AUGUACCUGGAUCGAUCAAUCCGGCGGAUCUACCAUCCAAAGGUUGUUCCGUUCGACAGCUCUCGGAGACAGAGUGGUGGCAUGGUCCUCUUUGGCUCUAUUACCUAUCUGAUAAAUGGCCUAGAUCUGAAUUCUCCGGAUGAUCGAAAAUAUGGAAUCCUUGAUUCCGAGGAAAUUUCUGUAGCUGAAUAUGCAGUUAUCAGAAUAAUACAGAAGGAAAGCUUCGUUAAUGAAGAAGAUGAAAAGUUGAAAACUCUGAGAUCUUUCAAAGAUGGAAACGACAUCAUCCGGUUGAAAACAAAGAUUUUAUAUCUACCAGAUAGCGAGGACUUUAAGACGCCUGCAAUUUUACCAUCAAAAAAUGAGCUUGUAAAACGUAUAGUGAUAUAUUAUCACGUAAAAAACGCUCAUGCCGGUACUCAAAUGUUGCUUAACAUUUUGAGAGAGCGAUUUUGGAUUCUACAUGGUAGAAAGACAGUGAGAUCCAUCUUAUCAAAAUGUGUUGUCUGUAAGAGACAUUCUGCAAAGAAGCUUGAUAUUCUUACUGCAACUCUUCCGGAGGACCGAAUCCGAGAAGCUGCUGUGUUUGAGAUCUGUGGCAUUUACCUGGCUGUGCCACUAUUUCUCAGAGAUACUAAGAAGUCUUGGGCAUGUCUCUUCACCUGUGCUGUCUAUAGGGCUGUACACAUCGAAUUAGUGACUUCUUUAUCCACGCAAUCAUUUUUACUGGCUUUGCGCAGAUUCAUAGCCCGUAGGGGACGAUGCAGCAUUAUCUAUUGUGACAAUGGCUCUAAUUUUGUGGGUGCUUCUAAUCUGCUGAGUAAGCUGGAUUGGAGCAUUAUUGUAAGUGACACUGCUCUUCAUCCUAUUAAGUGA